CUCUUUCUCUAGUGUACAGGCGCAGUGUGCAGCUUCCCUCUGCACUGAAUGAACUAGAUUUCCCCCGGCCACGUAAGAAGCACAGCGGUACCACGGGAGAGAGGAUGUCCUGCUGAAUCAAAGGGAUUGGCCUGGGAAAGACGGCCGUCCCUUCCUUCCUUCCACAAGCUUUUGCAGCAGCAGACACAGCCGACGAAGCGGCGAGUUUCUUCCACUGGAUAAGUUCAAGCGGAGGAUAGAGAACGGCUAGCACACAAAGAGCGUCAGCAGUCUCUCCGGAUGGGGCUCUCUCCUUAUGACAAUCACCGUGCAUGGAUAUGAUCCCUGGGAAAAAGGCCGUGCACUGAUCCGGUACUCGUUAGCAAAGGAAGCUAACUAGUUAGCUCUGCACCUGCUAAGCAAACCCCCUCCUCCUAACGAAUUUCUGUAGCUAUUAUUAGCUCAGAAACUUAAUUUGUUUGGCUUGUUUAUUCUAUAUAUGCGACUGCAAGCCGUGUCCUGUACAUUGUUUCCGUUUUACGAAACGUGUCUUAGCAAUUCACCGGCGAGAUAAGCUAGCGGAGCGUAGACCUAGCAACCGUUGAUUAAUUUUAAAAGCUAACUUUUGGUAGCCUUUGUUGCAGCUUUUGUCUCGCAUCCACGUUAAUGAAACUGCACUUCGUUGGCCUCAGGCAGGUAUUUAACACGGAUUUCAUUUCAUGAAUGUAUGAUAAAAGGGAACAAAUGAGCAGUAGAAUUUUUUUUGAGUACAUUUUUUGUUUGCCUGUUGACACAAAACCAAAGCACGAUACUAUAAAUUAAUUUUUCCCUUUUUUUCAUAUUAUAUACGUUAGGUAAGCAUAUAUUUUUUUAAGUAUCAAGGUAUUAGUGGUGUUUAAAACAAGGCAGAGGUGGAAAAAAGGGAGAAAACUUCGAUAUUUUUGUGAGAGAUUUCGCACUUAUUCCUCAUGAACAUACAGAGGUCAAAUCCAAUCAACAUUUCACGUUAUGGGAGAUCGCGACACAAAUCGCACGAUUUUGAAGAAUUGUCUUGCUUAAGGACUACAGAGUCGAACCAGAGUUUCAGCCCGAACCUCGGCUCCCCUAGCCCGCCGGAGACCCCGGACUCCUCGCACUGCAUCUCCCGCAUCGGGGACUACCUUUUGUUGGAGCCGCUGGAGGGAGACCACGUUUUCAGAGCCGCCCACCUGCACAGCGGGGACGAGCUCGUAUGUAAGGUUUUUGACAUUGGCCGAUACCAGGAGUCGCUGGCGGCCUACUUCGCCCUGGGCCAGCAUGAGCACAUCAACCAAAUCCUGGAGAUUUUGCUCGGAGAGACGCGAGCUUACGUGUUCUUCGACAGGAGCCACGGAGACAUGCACUCUUUUGUUCGCACCUGCAAGAAGCUGCGGGAAGACGAGGCCGCGCGGCUCUUCUAUCAGAUAGCUUCAGCCGUGGCACAUUGCCAUGACAACGGACUGGUCCUCCGUGACCUCAAACUGAGGAAGUUUGUCUUCAAAAACGAGGACAGAAGCCUUGUUAAACUGGAGAGCCUUGAGGACUCUUAUAUCCUAGCAGGUCUUGAUGAUUCCCUGUCGGACAAACAUGGCUGUCCAGCCUACGUCAGUCCGGAGAUCCUCAACGCCAACGGCAGCUAUUCGGGCAAGGCGGCGGAUGUUUGGAGUCUUGGCGUCAUGCUUUACACCAUCCUGGUUGGGCGCUACCCUUUCCACGACGUAGAGCCAGGAUCUCUGUUCAGCAAAAUCCGCAGGGGCCACUUUAACAUCCCUGAGACGCUGACUCCAAAGGCUAAGUGCUUGAUCCGCUCUAUAUUACGACGGGAGCCGGCGGAGCGCCUGACCUCUAGGGAGAUCCUGGAGCACCCUUGGUUCACUUCCUCUGGAAUGAUGGGCGGGUUUCAGGUGCACAGUAGAGGGGAGAGGGAGCAGGAGCAGAUGGUGCCCGAGGUGAACAUGGAGGAGGAGCUGGAGCUGUUUAGCUGAACUACCAACAAGCACAAAAAGGAUGACACCGCCACGAUCUGCUUGCCACGGUAUCAGCAGAGCCAAAAAAAAAGAAAAAAAAACUGUAGUUUAGAGAUAAAUAGAUGAAUUUGUCACUCAUAGAUAAGGUGUUUCCAUCCUGUUUUCCUUUUUUCCACCACUUCAUGGAAAACCUUGAGCCUGGCAUGACAAAUGGCAUCUAUAGAUUAUCUGGCAAGGCACUCCUCAGUGGGGGAUAUUGCUGCCAGACAUGCAAGUUGCAAAACAAUGUAGCAAUUUUUUUUUUCCUGUGCAUUUUGGUUUAAUGUGGUGCUCAUACGAAGUUGAUGCAUUCACCAUUUUUGACACUAUUAAGGCAUGAAGGGACAUAUGAAGGCGGUAAACCAAGGACAACCAUAUGUAACAGACUGCAGCACCACACUUUUUCUUACAGAUUUUGCUUCUUUUUUUUUUUCGGGUUUCCAUGGCGAUAACGGUAACGCCACAGACCCCAAGUUGGAAAGAGCAACCACAUGUUCUGUUAAGCUGACACAACUGGCUUGGGACCACUAGGAAACAGAACCUCUUCGUCUUUUUAUCAUCAUUACUUUAAAGAAGAAGAAAAAAUGUCCGACCUCAGUUUUGUUAGUUUUAGCGUAUCUCCAUUUUGCAAUACUGACAACUCAGACCGUCACUAAAACUCCUUGGUGGCCUUUUUUCAGUUAUAACUCUCCUUAAGCCUCGAUUAUGCUUUGAUUUUCGCUAUGUCAUCAGCUACCGCUUUUGUUUCUAAGCUAUUCUAAUCUGCUCCUGCUGCUUUAAUAUCUCCUUGAAGCCUUUCAUUCAUUUUCUAUGUAAUCAUCCCAACAUGGCAUCAAGCACUUGGUGUGUUAGGUUAACAAACACUUCCACCUCCUUAAAAUUAGCUUCCUUUUAUUUAAAUUUCAGUUGUACAAGCGAUAACGUAAUGUUUUAUUUAAAUUGUAACAGCUAUAAGAAUAUAUAUAAAUGAAUAAAAAUAUAUAUUUAAAAACUACAUAGCAGGGUAUUUCUUUACUAAGAGAUUCCUUUUCAUGUAUGAUGUAGGCAAUAUUUUGACAGAGGACAGGUGUGAAGAGAAAACUGUCUAAGGUUUUAGAGAAACAAAACGCCAUCUAUGCCAGUAUUCCUGUGCCCCCAACAGGCCAUGCCACCCAGUCUCUCCCUCAUUUCUGUUUGGAAGAUUUAGAAAAUAAUAAAAUAAAAAGAUGUGGGAUAUUCAGUAGUGGUAUUGCUAUUCCAUGUUCACUCCAUGACCUCGUGUUAGUUUUCCUACUACCUGUGUAGGUUCUGUGAAAGGAUCAGAUUGGGUAGCAAUGGACAUGUUUUGUCGUAUCUCAAUGUUACUUGAAUAAAUCUUUCUUUUUUUUUUUACCUAGUCAGUGGCAUGUGCUCCAUGAAUGCUAUAGCCUGCCUAGUGAGGGCAAGGGUGGGUUGGGGAUAGGAGGAUACUUUUUUGGUUUUCUUUUCAAGAAAAGCUAUUAAACAAGGAAAAAUCUUAAUUUACUACCUUUUUGAGUUUCUUUCCAGUUCAAAUACGGCUAUAACUUCCCUUGUUUCUGUAGACUGAGCUACCUUUUAUUUAAGUUGGUGCUGAUAUGGUGCUAAUGUUUAGUUUUUGUUUUGCUCCUUGGCGGGUGGGUGGUGCAUGGUGGGAUAUCUGCCUCAGAUGUUCAGAUUGUAUUGUAACAGAUUCUGGUGUUUUGUCCAAAUUUAUUCAGUAAAUAAAUUGUGAAAUGAA